AUAUUGCCCAUGCCCCCUCUUUUCCACACAAGACACAACCUUCGUCCCCACCUUUUUGCUCUCACACAGUCUCUCUCCCUAUUAUCUCCACAACUUUUACUCUUCUCCCACCAUUAAACUCAAGCUUCCCCAUCAAACCAGUCUCCCACCAUGAAGCGAGCCAUGAACUCCCAACCCGAAUCCGAAUCAGAAUCCACUAUCAAUCCCGCAAUAAACACCAAAAAACCCAAAUUCGCCUCCAAUCCCGAUCAAACCAUCCCUAAUAAUAAUCACGAUCAACAAUUCCACGAUUCCGAUUGCGAUUCGGAAUUCGCAAAGCUAGACGAGAAUCUACUCUACGAAGUAUUCAAGCACGCCGAUGCGAAAACCCUAGCUGUAGCAUCAUGCGUCAGCAAGCGGUGGCAUCGGACGGCUCAGGAUGAGCGACUAUGGGAGCUGAUCUGUACUCGCCAUUGGAGUAACAGUAUUAAUUACGGUACGAGACAACUCAGAUCUGUUGUUCUUGCUCUGGGUGGGUUUCGUCGUCUUCACGCGCUUUACCUCUCCAAAACCGUCCCCUCUAUGCCGGGUUCGCCGAUUCUGCCGCCAUCUUCGUCGAUUCAGGCGCGUGUUGUCAAGGGUGGGAAUAAGAGAUGGGGGAAGGAUGAGGUUAAUUUGUCAUUAUCUCUUCUCUCGAUUAGAUAUUAUGAGAAAAUGAAUUUGGCUAACAAGAGACCAUGAAUACAAAUUUAUCUUGUAUUUUCGUAUUGUAUUUCUAUUUUUUGGUUUUUUCAUUUUGUAAUUUGAAUUCUAAUUUUCCAAGAAUUUGGGUUUUUGCCAAAUUGUUGUGUUCUUUUUCAGAUUCUACUAAUAAAUUGUUCGGUUAUGAAUUAUGUACUCCUGUAAUGAGUUUCCCUGUAAUUUGAGUGUUUUUCUAGUGGUGCA